UUUCCUGAAUACACUACUGCACUGUUUGAUCAGCUCUUAAGAAAAGGAGAUUAUUUGGGUUGUGUGUGUUCUAAAAUGUGCACACAGAUUUGUGGGGAUUGUUGUAUGUGGUAUGCGGCACGUACAGAAGGGUUAAAACGUCUGUGCCCUUUUUAGGAAGGAUUUUUAUUGUAUCAAUUCCAAAAAUGAAUGUUUUCACAUUCUAUUUUUUAAGUAAGGCUAUGUCAUUAAUAUUUAAGAAAAGGUAUUUACAAAAAACAAUAGCUAUAAAAACUGUACCACUUGAGUGAAUGUCAAUGUUAGUGUGCAUUCACUUUUUUUUACAGAAACAAUGCUGGCUGGAGCAGCUCACGUGUCACGCACACUGUAGCCAUACAACACUGCAACCAGUAACAGCUAACUAGCUUGUUAUCUAGAUUAAAUUUAUUAUUAUCAGCAAUACUGAUUAAACAAAGAUUGGUUUAUCCAUGGGUAGGCUGUUGCAGAGAAAUCAAGAGAAGGGGAACUGCUUGUGUGUUAUCUUUAGUUACAUUGGUAACUAUUGCCAAUGACAUUUUUAAUUAAACAUGUUGUACAUCUCCUUAUAUUUGUUUAUUAACAAGGUUAAUAUUCUACCAGCAAUUUGUCUUCUAUUUUGUUUUUAUUUUCUUAUCGCUUGCCCCCUGAGCUGCCACCUGACUGACUGAAUUUCAUGCAAGAGUUUCUAAAACAGCUUGAACAUUAUUUUCUAUAGCCAUAUUUCUGUAUUAUUCUAUAUCUAGUCUAGCAGGACACAAAAUCAUGGGAGUGUAGUUCAGAGCUAAGGUACAUAUAUAGUAUGGUGCAGAGCCUUUAGCAAUGACAAGAGUUUCAAAUGUGCUACUUAGUGCAUCAUGAGUCAGUGAAGUGACUUUAAAAAAGGGGGUCACAUAAGAGGUUGGGAAACAGAUGAGCAGUAACAAUAAAUACAUGUAAGUUAAAUAAUGUAUACCAAGAAUCUGAUGAAAUUUGUACUGGCUUUUAAUACAUGAUAAAAUAAAAUGAGUUAUUUUGUGAACUCAGUGGAGUCUAUUGUGUAAUACAAAAUAAAUACAAUGUGAUAACACUAAUUGUACUUGUCUUACAUCAGUUGUAAAAAUUAUGUAAGACAUUAAAUUUAUGUUUCGAGUUAAUUAAAAUGUAUUCAUUAUUAUCCGUAACUGUGUGCUGUCAGAUUUUAAAAACUUGCUAUGUGUAUGUGGACCUGUAUUCCCUCUGGCAGUUAUUUCAGAUAAUGUAUUUGAGUGUACUUUGACUUAACGUUCAGUACAAGUACAGUACAAGGUUAUUUUUUUUUUUAAUGGAAACACGGCACAGAUCAAAACAAGUCUUUCAUAAUACAGCUCACUCCUGUGCACAUGUCCAUUAAAUUUAAGAAUUAAAAGGAAUUAGAAGUGAUUAACUGGGUGGUACAAGGAACACGGGAGCAUAGGGUUUAUCUGGCAGAUUUUCUCAGAGUGGGAUCAUAAAAGAAGAGAACACAAGUCAGUGCUAGGAGUGAUGUAGUGAAUUGGACUAAACUGGAAAACUAUUAGGAUUUAUCUUUAACCAUUACGUGAAGAAACAUAGCUGUAAAAUGAACACAGGUGAGGAACAGAUGUUAAUUCUCCUCUUAUCUGGAAUUCUUAUAUGUGUGGGAACAGUGGAGCUGAAGUAAUCAUCACGUCAUCAAGUAGUUUUCUGGAAGCCCCCUUCUCCUCAGAGGACUAGUAAAGAAAUACUUGACAGAACAUGGGAAGCAGUGUGGCAGAGAGAAACAGAGUGGAUCCUCCAGAUGGAGGCUGGGGCUGGGUUGUGCUGUUAGGUGGCUUCAUUAUCACUGGUUUCUCCUACGCUUUCCCUAAAGCCAUUAGCGUGUACUUUAAAGAACUGAUGCGGGACUUCGGCUGUGGCUACAGCGACACGGCAUGGAUUUCCUCUCUCAUGCUUGCCAUGCUUUAUGGCUCAGGUCCAGUUUCCAGUAUCAUGGUUAACAGGUUUGGAUGUCGCCCAGUGAUGCUGCUUGGGGGACUGUUAGCCUCAGCUGGCAUGAUUGGGGCUUCUUUCACCACCAACAUCAUCCAAGUUUACCUCACUGCUGGAGUCAUUACAGGGCUUGGUCUAGCUCUAAAUUUCCAGCCCUCACUUAUUAUGCUUGGGUCUUAUUUUGACAAACGCAGACCUCUGGCCAAUGGACUAGCAGCAGCUGGGAGCCCAGUCUUUCUCUCAGCUCUUUCUCCACUAGGACAAGUGCUGCUGGAUUGCUUUGGCUGGAGGGGUGGCUUCCUGAUCAUGGGGGGGCUGUUGCUGAACUGUUGCACCUGUGGUGCUGUUAUGAGACCGUUGGGAUACAAGGUUUGGAAGUCUGCAGCCAGGGAUGAGUCAAAUGCUCAGGAGUUGAAAGAGAUGCUCCCUUCAAAGGCUGGGCAGGAGGAGAAUAAUCUGGAGAAGGCUCAGAAGGAAAGCCCCAAGAAAAAGAAGCUCCUUGACUUCAGUGUGCUUUGUGACAAAGGCCUCAUCAUUUAUAUAGUAGCCAAAUUUGUAGUUGUGCUUGGUUUGUUUGUCCCUCCAAUUCUCUUGGUCAACUAUGCUAAAGAUCAAGGAGUGCCUGACCAGGAAGCUGCCUUCCUCCUCUCCAUUAUUGGAUUUAUUGACAUCUUUGCUCGACCCACAUGUGGCCUGGUGGCAGGACUAAAAUGCGUCCGAGCCAAAAUGCCCUAUUUCUUUAGCUUGGCCUUACUUCUAAAUGGCCUUACAGAUAUUUGCUCAGCUAGAAGUACAGACUACACAGGACUAGUGAUCUUCUGUGCGUUCUUUGGACUUUCUUAUGGAAUGGUGGGUGCAUUGCAAUUUGAAGUGCUCAUGGGAAUUGUGGGUAUUAACAGUUUUUCCAGUGCCCUUGGUUUAGUACUCCUUAUAGAGGCAGCAGCUGUGCUCAUUGGACCUCCUUCUGCUGGACGAUUAGUGGAUACGUACAAGAACUAUGAGCUGAUUUUCUACAUGGCUGGUGGAGAGUUGAUGACUGCUGGCAUAUUCCUUGCCAUUGCAUCUUACUGCUGCAUUAGGCUCCAGAAGAACAAGGACACAUCUGCCAUCCAGGACACUGAUAUUGAGGACAACACUAACCAUAUUAAUCAUGAAUCUAACCAUUCUAUGAACAAUAAUUAAUGUUAAAUCUGAAAUCAUUCAAAGAACUGUGACAGUAAGUGAUAUUUAUGUAUAAAUGGUUUUAGUGGAUACGAUUUAAAUCAAUGUCCUUUCACUAAGUGCACUUUAUUUGACCAAUAAAUUAUCUUUUGCAGCCCUGAGAAUCAGUCUAUUUUUCCUUGUUUGUCAUAGAUUACAUUAGA